AUGGAACAAUCAGGAGAAAACAUUGAGCUCUCCGAAGCAAGCCCACGGUCUUCGAGCAGUGAAGCAUGGCAUGAUGCAAGAGACGCACAAGAAUCUCCCAUUGAGACGCGGGCAUUGAACGAUCAUUUACCGAAUCUCCAAAAGCUGUGGUGCCACAUGAUGAAAUGCAACAAGCCCGCAAUGUCUGCGGUCAGUAUUUUGACCAUAUGCGGUUUUCCCUUGCUCAUCUUGGGCACUUGGGCAGCCAUUGCAGCAAUUCGUGUUGCCCUCUGGACGCAGUGGAAAGAUAGUAUCGAGUGGUGCGAGAAGCACAACUGGAACUAUACGGGAUGUGAUUCUCUUGAAGGCAAUCCUUUGACAUUACCGAGCAGUCCGCCGACAACUAAACGAUUUGUCACGGCAUUGAGAAACGAAAAGGAGAGCUGUAACUUCUUGGGAGGCAUUGGCAUCGCAGCCAUGAGCGUCAUCGGAAGCACGCUUUAUCUACUCGUCGUCAUCGUGCUUGUCUUGGUUCGGGUUCCCUGUCAGGGCCGAAACGAUUCUAGCAACGUCAGAAUUCAGAAUUCUUCCGGUGUUCAGCAUGAUAAAACAAUAGAUGAAUCUGCUGCCAUGACAAGAAUCAAAUCUCUCGAGGAUGAGCUCGCAAGCUGGAGGGCCGAGGCCGUCAAGGCAAAAAUGGAGCAUGAUGAUCUGAGUAUUCAGCUUGAGAUCGCUGCCAUUAGCUUAUUCGGUGGCAAGGAGAAGAUGUAUGAGGAAGUGGCUGACAGAUUUCGGGACAGGCUGAGGGAGCUCGAAGCCGAGCUGCAAUACGAAAAAGCCAGAAAUGAUGUCCGAGAUCUCGUCGAGCAGACGAGCGUAUUUGUCGGCUCGAGAGCUGGUAACGAUCUAGAUUCCCACCGCGAUGGAAUCAGUAGAGAUCUGUCCGCCCACAACGAAGGAAUUCGGAAACGGCUUGUUGUAAUGAAGAGCAUGAAUAAUGUGCAAUAA